CUGGAAUGGUGCUGGCAGCGGCGGGCGCCCCAGAGCUGAAGCCCGAGAGGAGCCGCCAUGGAGACGCCGCCGCGGCCUCCCGCAUGCACAAAUCAGGGUCAUCAGAAGCCUCUCGAUUCAAAAGAUGAUAAUACCGAAAAACACUGCCCGGUGACAGUGAAUCCUUGGCAUAUGAAGAAAGCUUUUAAAGUCAUGAAUGAAUUAAGAAGUCAGAAUUUGCUGUGUGAUGUCACGAUUGUGGCCGAAGACAUGGAAAUUUCUGCUCAUAGAGUGGUGCUGGCUGCCUGUAGUCCUUACUUUCAUGCCAUGUUUACAGGUGAGAUGAGUGAGAGCCGAGCAAAGAGAGUUCGCAUCAAGGAGGUGGAUGGCUGGACCCUGAGGAUGCUGAUCGACUAUGUUUACACAGCAGAGAUUCAGGUGACAGAAGAGAAUGUACAGGUACUUCUCCCAGCUGCUGGUCUUUUACAGUUACAGGAUGUGAAGAAGACUUGCUGUGAAUUUUUGGAAUCUCAACUUCACCCUGUCAACUGCUUAGGAAUCCGGGCUUUCGCUGAUAUGCAUGCAUGCACGGACCUCUUAAACAAGGCCAACACCUAUGCAGGCAAGUGGAAUAAAUCUCAGCUGAAUUUGAUACAGGAAGAAUCUGGAAAUCUUGAUUUCUAUAUGAUUCUAUAGUGAUUUCUGGAAAUUUGUUUCAGGUUUUUGGAUCUGCACAUUAAAAAAAUACAUUUAAAAUCUUAUACUGGUAUUAUAGCACUGCACAGUUGAAGUAUACUCAUAGAGUUCUGAAUUUUAAAGAAAAACAUAAACUGUAUAUGAUAUUAGGCCUAAAUGACAGAGAAGAUAAUUUUAUGCAAAUAUUGAACCUCUAUGUUUUUCUUUCACCCUGUCAGAUUAAUAGGGAUAAAAAAAGUGUUUACAUAUGAAAUUAAGUCAUUUAAUCCCCAUUUUAUCCUUGCUUUUUGCAACGUUUUCUUGUAUCUGAGAAAACAAUUUGUGGCUUAAACAUUUUCAAAGCAGUGAAAUCUAGCUGAGUGUGAGCAGAGGAGUAAUGUAG